UAAGAUAGAAUCUUUGGAAUUAAAUAUUUGUGUGAUGGGUAGUGUCUGACAGGUUUCAGCUGUCAAAGCGGAUCUAAAUGUCAAAAGCCAUGAAUGAAAUCUAUUCGAUUCGAUUUACAGCCAACACAGUUUCUUCCUUCCUGUCCCUGCACAAAGAAAGAACAGCAAAGCUUGAGCGAGCAGCAAAAGGCUUCUCUUCUCAUUUCUCCUGGACCAAGUGUCUAGUUGUUGGGUUCUGUAUACACAGUUUCUGCCUUAUCAUCCAAGAUAUUGUCCUUUUCAAUGGCGGCAAUUCCUUUGCCAACCAUAUGUUUUCUGUAUGUUUAUGUGGUGGUGGUGGAGAAACUGCAAGGAUGAAGAAAUCUCCUGUCCACCUGAGGUAUGAGGCUGGGAACUAUGGUUUCGAUCCGAAGCUCGAUUUUUCACAGUUCCUGGAAGAGGCAAGAAAGCACGCGAGCGAAGAGAAACCUGAGGGUGCGGCACAGCCAGAAGAAGGCAAGAAGAAGAGGAAGUCAUGGAAGAGGUCUUUGUUCCCAUGGUGGAAAUCUGAGCAGAAGAGCAAUUCCAGCAGGGAAGCCCCAGCCAGAUCUCACUCAUCCAAGUCGAGAUACGGCAAUGUUUCUGCCCCCAGCCCGAUUCGCGAGAGCGGAGGUGCUGGAGCCACCGGGAAGCCCCGGCGGCCAACAUCGGGGCCCCUCACGGGUCUCUUCCAGUUCCACCCAACAAAGAGAGUGGAGAAUGAGAUGCCCUAUCUGUGCCUGGACAAGCUGACUACCGACCCUUAUGAUGUUCAUUCCUAUGGCCCGGUUUACUUGGUUACAUAGUUGCUUGCAAAUGGUAAAUUCUGUGAAAUCUUCGAGAUGAAGUUGGUGACAAAUCUAUGGAUCUGUAAUAUUUGAUGCCACCUAUGGUGGUGCUCUGUUAUGUUUGUACCAAAUUGAAAAGAAACAAUAAGAUGGGUUUGGUCAUUGGAUCA